AGAGCUGCACGAUGCGACGACGAAGCAGCGUCUUUGUGGCGUCGCUGCUCGUCCUGUCGGCGUCCGCGUCGUCCAUCGUGCGGCUGGAUGUCAACAAUGUGCCCAUGGCCUGCCGCGUCGAGGGCUGCUUUCUCGUCUGCAACAUGGACCAUGUUAUAACCAACGUCUGCUUGCACUUUGACGUGGCCAACACUAGCACGUGCGCCCUAAACGAGUGUACGCUCUCCUGCGGGCAUACGCACAUGACGAUCUGUGCACCCCAACGUCUCAAGGGUACGCCUCGGCGCUUGUCGCUCAACGUCCCCGCCCACCGCGCCCUCGGCGCCACCAUCUUUGAUGCGGGCGCACCGCCGCUCUGGCCGCAUGGUCAAAUCUGCUACAAAAUGGAUCCAGAUGUGAACGCGACAGCGAUCUACGAGGCGAUGGCGGUCUGGGAGGCCUCGACGCCACUGCGGUUUCUGCCGUGUCAAUCAACGUCGGAUGCGUGCUGCGACCCGUGCGGCGACUAUGUCCACAUCCAAGGUGGCUCGGGCUGCUACGCGUCGCUCGGGUAUGUAGCGGGUGCGUGCGCGUAUGGCGGCCAAGCUCUUGUGCUCGGGCCCGCCUGCUCGACGGGUAACAUCAUCCACGAGCUUGGCCACACCGUCGGCCUCGUCCAUGAGCACCAGCGCGCCGACCGCGACGACUACGUUAAAAUCUACCUGGAAAACGUCGAUCCGGUCCACGCACCGGACUUUGCCAAGGGCUCGAUCCUCGCCCAUGGCUCGACUGUGAGCAUCGUGUCGCUCUGGUCGUCGACCGACAACUACGACUACGAUUCCAUCAUGCACUAUGGCCUCCACGACUUUAGCAUCAACCAGCUGCAGACGCUGCUGCCGAUCACGCGCGUGGGUGACCGCGACUCGGUUCGAGAAGACCUUUUUGGACGACUCGGUCAACGGCACCGGUUGAGCGCCGGCGACGUACAAGCCAUCGCCGAAUUAUAUGGCGGCGAUGAUGUGUCAAGCACCUAAAACGACGGCAAUCCACAUACUCGUGUGGCGCGUAC